AUGAGUGCGACAACACCGCAAAAUGUUGGUAUCCAAGCUUUUGAGUUCUAUUUUCCACGACGAUACAUCGAACAGACCGACUUUGAAAAGGUAAAAUACGACUGGGUAGACUUGUAUAGUUUAGAUUUGACGAAAUGUCACAAAAAUUAUUGAUUUUGAAAAGAUUAGGUAAAUUUGUUUGAAAUUUACUUUAAAACUGAUUGAAAUAAGAAUUUUUGCUUUAUAUCGUAUAGCAAAUGUCAUUAUAACAACAAUACAUAUUAAUUAUACGUUAAUCUGGUUUUCAGUUUAAUGGAGAAUCCGAAGGAAAAUACACCAUUGGGUUAGGCCUAAAACAAAUGGGCUACUGUGAUGAUAACGAGGAUAUUAAUUCUAUCUGUCUCACAGCUACGGCCAAACUUCUAGAAAGAUACGAAAUCGACUCUCAACAAAUUGGGUUUGUUGUAGUAGGUACAGAGACGACGAUUGAUAAGAGCAAAUCAGUAAAGACCAGUUUAAUGGAACUGUUUGCCAAUAAUGAAGAUACCGAAGGUGUAGAUAUCAAAAACGGGUGCUAUGGUGGUACACAGGCCUUGUUCCACGCUGUCGAUUGGGUUUAUUCGAACUGGGAGACCGACGGUAGGUUAAGGUUGUUUUAAUGGUGUAUAUUGGUUGAUAGAGGGUAUAGUUCUGCGGUUUUGAAGAUGUGUAUCGUUUAAAAAAGGCUGUAUUUUUUAGACAAAAACUAAAUUUCAAAUUUCAGGCCGUCUAGCAGUGGUAGUAAGUGCUGACAUAGCCGCGUAUGCGCCAGGCCCAGCUCGUUGUACUGGUGGUGCUGGCGCUGUCGCCUUCCUGGUCGGACCAAAUGCACCAUUGGCGUUUGAAAGAGGACUACGCACCUUCCACAUGUCUAAUGUGUACGACUUUUACAAGCCAUGUAAAGGCAUCAAUAGCGAGUUCCCAUUGGUUGAUGGUAGCUUGAGUAUGGUGGCAUACCUGAGUUCAGUGGACAAGGCUUACUCACGGUACAAGGCACGGCACGAAAAGCUGGUGGAGUCGAGUAGGUUUUGAAAUUUUAUUAAUUAUGGUAAAAUACGGGCUUUUAUUUUAAGAUGAUAUAAAUAAUGUUGUAUUUGUAAUAUUCGGUUGUAUAAUAAGUCAUGAGCUACUGAACUUUACAUCAAAAGUUAUGAUACAUAGCUCAUUACUUUUUAUAUAAACUAAUAUUAGGUUGUUUAAAUAAUUUUUGUGCUCUUUCUUAAAGCAACUUUUGGGAUUAGAGGGCACAUAAUUAUGUGAACAACCUAGUGUUUUUAAAAUUUAACUUUGGGUUUGAAAUUGUAAAAUACGGUAUUCGAAGCACUUUUUAUAAAAAUUAAAUUUCAGCUCCAAGAGCGCAAGACUACGCGGCCAUAAUCAUGCACUGCCCCUUCUAUAAACUGGUCCAAAAAGGAUUGGCACGAAUUUAUUACCAAGAUGCUUUGGGCGGAUCAGAAGGCGGUGAAGCUGCUACUGCCAUUAUUAAGGCUGGAGGGUAAGAUAUUAAUAUUUUUUAACAAUUUUUUCAUUUUAUGCAAAAGUUAUAUUUUUUUUUAUAAAGAAAUUAAAAAAAAUGUUUUAAACACCUUACUUUAAUGUAAACAACUCGCUAACAUUUUUGGUUUUUAUUUUCAUUUUUUAUUUUUUAAAAUUUUAACUAUAUGAACCACCCUUAUUUCAGCGAACUAACCAACGAACAGACCUACUUUGACCGCAACUUCCUGUCCACAGCGGCCAAGUCUUCCAAAGACCUCUUGAAGUCAAAGGUCGAGCCCAACAUCACCUUCAACCAGAGGAUUGGCAACAUGUACACGCCCUCAAUGUAUGGCCAAUUGGUCGCUUUCUUGGCCAGAUCAACUUUAUCCGAAAAACUGAAUGGUCAGCGGAUCUUGGCCUUCUCUUAUGGCUCGGGAUCGGCUGCUGCCAUGUACUCGAUCAGAUUGAACGUGAACACAGAAGCCGAGAAGGUUGGAUACAGAAAGAUUCACGAAUGUGCUGUAGAAGCGUUGAGACGGCUGGACGAGAGGAUUCUGACCACUCCAGAGGAGUAUACUGAGGUAAGGUCUUAUAAGGAGAGUUGAUUUUAUAUUUGGUUGCUCAAAUAAUUCUGCGCCUCUCUCAAAAACAAUUUUUGGGGUGAGAGGGAACACAAUUAUUUGAACAAUCUACUAUGUAGAAUCAUUUUAUUAUGACGUAUUGUAAAGGAAUCUUACUAAAUAUUAGGUUUCUAGAGCUUUUUUAAUAUCGUAUUUUAGGCCAUGUCGCGUCGCCAAGCCUUGGCCGAAACCGAAAAGGGCCGGACCCCAGUGAAGCCGGACCAACUCUUCCCUGGCACCUACUACCUUACUCAAGUCGACGAUAUGCAUCGCCGAUUCUACAAUCGCAUACCUAAGUAA